UUCCCCCCACGAAGAUGGCGUCCGUGACAACAGCAACAUCAGAGUGGAUCCAGUUUUUCAAAGAGGCAGGGAUCCCACCUGGUCUGGCUGUUGACUAUGCUGUAUCCUUCGUAGACAACAGAAUUCAAAAAAACAUGUUAAUGGACCUCAGUAAGGAGAUCAUGAUGGACUUGGGCAUCACGGUUAUUGGGGACAUCAUUGCCAUUCUCAAGCAUGCCAAGCAGGUCUACAGACAGGACAUGUGCAAAAUGGCCACUGAAGCCAUUUCCUCCGGACAGACCAGUGUGCAAGCAGAGCUGCGGCGAACUGCCAACACUCCCGCGACGCGCAUGAUCGCCAAUGCCUUGAGUCGGGACUCCCCACCGAGCACACCCGUCCGUCGUCCUGACAACCGUCUCUCAGUGACAGUCUCCAACAAAAGUGCCAAAGCAGUAAUCAGUCAGCCUGCAGAUGAGGAGAACGGCCUGUCUGUGAAGCGUCGGCGAGUGACUGCAGAGAUGGAAGGGAAGUAUAUUAUCAACAUGCCAAAGGGGACCACCGCCCGCACCCGACGGAUCCUGGCCCAGCAGGCCAAGAAAGCCAAGAGUCUGAAGCGUACUUCUGUGUUUGAGAGAUUGGGUUCAGAGUCUAAGGCAGACACCCCUGCAGCCAAUAAGCAGGCUACAGGAGUCUUCAGCAGGCUGGGUGCAGUAGACGACGAGGAGGAAGCCGAGGAGGAAGCCGAGGAGGAAGCCGAGGAGAAGAUGGACGAAGUCACUGACCAUGCCGGCAGGGCUGAAGACAGUGACGGCGAAGGCUCGGUGCUGCAGUACGCCGGCGUCCUCAAACGACCCCUGCUGCUUUCCAAAAAUGAGCCUGCCGCCCAAAAAGCAGAACCCCUCACUCUGUUCCGCCUGGGCAAGAAAUACAAACUUCCCACGUCGGAGAGCACUCCCCCGGCCCCCUCCUCUACCUCCUCCGGCCAAGAGGGGCCCCCCAAGCGGAGUAUAAUGCGGAGGCUGGGGAAGGCUCCCUCGGCCAGCAGCCCCGGCCCUAAACCCACCAGCUCGCUAGCGGGUCAGACAGCAGAUACGCAGGAUAGCCAUGUGACCAGCAGCAAAAGCAAGGCACAGGCCAGCUCUACUCUGGCCAGCCCCAAAGUGAGCAGUAGCACAGGUGCAGGCAGGGACUGUCAUGGGGCUCAGAUGGACGCCAAGACAGUCAGUGUCUUCAAGAGACUGGGCGCCAAGAGGACCUAAUGCACCAUGCCUCCUAAACACUCACAUUCAGGGUUUAGAAAACCACAUCCAAGAGUAGGAAGGAGUUAUGCCACUUCAGUGUGGGGAGAGGGGCCAAGAGGACACUGAAGACAGUAUAGAGAACAUAUCCUCCCAGUGCACAUAGGAAUGAUAGUAUGCACCCAUACCUCUCUCCACACCUCUCAAGAAAUGCUUCUUUCCCCAGAACACCUAAUCACAUCCAGCCUUUGGAAAUGACUCUUAAAUUACAGAUUUACAGAUCUGUUUUUGUACAGCAGGGCACAAAGCAUUCAGACGCCCUAAAAGGGAGUGACCUUUGUCUUCGUUUAACUGAGAGUUAAGUGAAGGCGUUAGUGCACUCGCUCUCAAACACUCCGUGCCUCUGUGGUGACACUCUCGAAGGAAAAGAGAGUUCUCUGUAGUUACCUGUCCACUGACGUCCCUUUCUUGCGUUGUUUGCUCAUUAAAAGUAAAAGAAUGUUUCAACGGUCAUAUAUACAACAUGCAACUAAUUCCCCUCGAGGCACCCCCUGACCUCAACCUUUUGCUUUCCUUGAGAAGAAAACUUCGUGUGCAUGUUUUACAGCCCAUCAAUUAUGUUUUUUUUCCCCCCUCCUGUAAGUUUCCUGCUGCUGGAAUGGUGCCAUGUUAAGUGUUACCUAGAUGGGAUGAGAGCGCAAGGUGUCAACUCCCCCUGCUGGGAGAUUGCUCUGCGUUGCCAGGCAACACACAUGGCAAUGGACCCCAGAGUGUUGUUGUUUUUCCAUCCCUUUUUGUGGCCAAAAUGCUUAAAAUGCAGCUUCAACUACAACUGCUGCUACUCACCACACUUGUACCAGGUGCUUAAAAUGGACCCGGACCUGGAUCUGGUCACUUUCUCCAUUUUUUAAAAUAUGAUUGAUUUUAAUCUCAAAAGCAUUUGAAGUCGAACUUUGUUACAAUGUACAGAUUUAAGAUUUAAGGCAGACGGAAGAUGCUGGUUUUAUAAAAUGAAUGGACUGCUUGUUUUUGGAUUGGACUGAACAUAAAAUGGGACAGCAAAAAAAACCUUUCAUCACGUUUGUUUUAGUCUCAUUCUUACUUUCAACAUACUUGUACUUGAAAAGCCAACUAUUUUAGCAUCUUAAAUUUCACAAGGGUACAAUAAGAUUAAAUGAAACAUUUAUGAUUA